AGUCUAUUUAAUAUUAUUGUAAUACAUUUCUGGUGUUAAUGGAAUUAUAUUAAUGUAUAACAGUAGACAACAGACAAGGCUGACUCGGAACAGUAAAUAUAGCACCCUAGAGAGUUGAAAUCUAAGGGAGGUUACUCUAAACGUUUGCCUACAAAAACGGUUCGCACAUGCCGGUGUAAAUACAAUACCACUGUAAAUAUUCAUAUUUUCUAUAAAGUAUUUUAAAAAUACACCAUAUUUGGAAUGAGUCUUUGAAAUCGCAAAAAAUAGAUGAAAUCAAAAUGUUAAUUGAAGCAGUACUGGAUGACGUUUACUAUAAAUUCGUUGACGUUGUGGAUGCCAUUGUCUGCAGGAUUUUGGACAAAAAACAAACUUGCUAUAUUCAACAAAUACUUCAGUCUUCCCAUCCAUUUGAUGGUCUUCAACACCUUAAGAGAGUAAAAUGCUGUAAAACACAAGAUGGCUCAGUUUUGCAAACCAUUAUAUGCCUCAAAUCACAAUUACCAGAAGUAACAAAAAACCACUUGACUCUGGAAGAUUUGUUCGGAAAGGAUUCAGCACCAGAAAUAGCAUGUCUACUUGGGAAACCUUGUGUAGUUCAAGUUCCUGUUUCAGCUCCUCAUACUAGAAAGCAGUUUGAAGAAGCUUCAGUAUAUUGGCCUGUUCAUUUUCAUGAAGACAAAAGGAUAAGUAAAUUACUCAACGGUAAUUAUUUCAACAAAUCUCAGGAAGCCAGCAUAACCAGGCACAUGACCAAAGCAUUAGAGAUGGCAAAAGUUGGGAAAAGUAAUAAUGAGCGUGCAGUUGGAGCUGUCAUUGUUGAUCCAGCCUGUGAUGCAGUCGUUGCUGCAGCUCAUGAUUUGCGUUGCCAAUCUGGUCAUUUCCUGAAACAUGCUGUCAUGCUGUGUGUAGAUUUAGUUGCUCGUUCUCAAGGAGGGGGAAUUUGGAAGCCACAAGGCUCAAUGGAAUAUUUAGCAAUCUCAGAUGUAACAGGAGACAACACAAAGACAGAUUCUCAGCCAUAUCUGUGCACAGGUUAUGAUCUUUAUGUUACCCAAGAACCUUGUAUUAUGUGUGCCAUGGCAUUAGUUCAUUCACGGAUAAGGUGUGUGUUUUAUGGUACAUCUUCUCCUGAUGGUGCUUUAGGGAGCCGUUACAAGCUUCAUCUUCAGAAGAAUUUAAAUCAUCACUAUGAAGUCUUCCGUGGAAUUUUAAGCAAGGACUGUGAAGCUUUACUUGGUACAUGAUGAUGAGCUAAAUACCAUUAGUUCUGUCACAGCUAUCACCAUUUUAUGUCAAACAUCUUGACGAGAUACAAAGUCACUUUUUGUACAGCAUUGAAUUCACCCUAAUACAUUAUGGCAAUUUAUUUUUUACUGAUUUUUCAAACAUAAUAUCAUGAUCAUGACUAUAAAGAAAUUUGAACUCAGAUACUUUGGUGUUAAUUUUUUUUUUUUUUUGCCAAUUCACAGCACAAACAACUUCAUCCUAUAAGUAUUUUGUUUGUUCAUUCAUCUUCCCCAAUUCAGUUGUACCCCAUUUUGCUUUUCACUUGUUCACUUCUCAUCAGCUGCUUAUCAUGGUGUAUGUAAGGUGUGUAUAAAAUGCCAUGUUUGUGCAUGUAUGUGAGUGCGUAUUUUUUUAAAUCUCUUAAUCAGGAGAAAAGGUAAUGUCUAUGUCCCUUUACUAGGUUGCUAAGACCAAUGGAAAGGAGGGAGGAAGUUAUCCUCAAACUGAAGGCCUGUCCCAAAUGCUUACUACAGAAUUAGUCCCACUAAAGGUAUCCAAGAGCCAGAUAAUGGUGCUACAGGUGCCAGGUGCUAGUGUUAAACUGAACAGUGGAUUAAGUCUACCAUGCAAGUAGGCCAUAACAGGAUUUGAGGAUUUGAAUUCCAAAUGCAAAAAAUCAAAAUAAAUACCAGAGGACUUCCUGACCAAUGCUCUAAUGUUUUACCAGUCCACUACCAUUGACAGUUACUUUAUUUCGAUGGUCUCAAUCUAUUUUGCACUAUGGACUGGUUUCAUGUUAGAUCAUUUUUUCACAGUCCUGGCUAUCACAUGCAUAACAAAACACAAAAUGUAU